AUGUCACUGCUCAGCCUCAGGGGAUUGAGGGCAAAACCAACCGCCUACAGAAAGCUUCGGGAUCGAGGAACCUUGUGUCUAGAUCAGUUACAGGCCAGUGCUCUCUCGUGGGCGUCCUUGGAAAGAAGACCCACCAAGACUUACGCCAUCCUCGCCCCGAAACCUUGCCUCGCUCUCAUCUCUCCAGCUUCCCCGAAACUUCCUCAGGGGAGCCUAGAGUCUGGCACCUGCCGCGUAAGUAGGGUGCCAUCGGAGUUGAGCAAGAAAAGGGCGCAGCGAGGCAACCCGCCCAAGAGCUCCCCCGCCCAAGAGCUCCCCCGCCCAAGAGCUCCCACGCCUAAGAGCUCCCCCGCCCAAGAGCUCCCCCGCCCAAGAGCUCCCCCGCCCAAGAGCUCCCCCGCCCAAGAGCUCCCACGCCUAAGAGCUCCCCCGCCCAAGAGCUCCCCCGCCCAAGAGCUCCCCCCCGCCAAGACCCGGCCUGUGGGUCUCGCCCCUGGACCGAGGAGCCGUAACAGCCUGUAG